AUGGACAUGCAGCUACCGGCUGCCGAUGGAUCCGUGGUGGAGUUGAAGGGCCAAGUCUUUGAAGACUGCGGCUGCUACCCCGAUGUCGUUGAGUUCUCCCCCGGGCAUGAUGCUUGCUUGGCGUGGGGUAUGUAUGAGCACGUGCAGGAAACCGACGAGCGUCAGGGAGGGCUGGUGUUUGCAACUGUGGAGCAUCGCGGGGACUUCCAGUAUUCCCUGCUCCGCACGGCCGUCCUCGAAAGCCCCGGCGUGUACGACCUUGCCUGGUGCCCUGAAGGUGGUGUGCUGGCGGCUUGCUGUGCUGAUGGAUGUGUGCGGCUGUGCUCACCGGCGCAAGGCGUGUUGCACGAGCCGUUCAAGCUCAGCGAUCAGAUCUUGACGCACAUUUGCUUCGGAGCUGGGGGCGCGAAGGAGGCCGAAGGACUAGCAGCUGUGGGCCAGGAUGGGAAGUGCUACCACUUUCAGCUGGACGCAGGCUUCCGGAAGCUGGCGGAGCGGCAGCAGCAUGACCUGGAAGCCUGGUGCGUGGAUGUUUCUCCAUCCGAGCCUUGUUUGAUUCUUUCCGGUGCAGAUGAUGGCCACCUUGCUGCCUGGGAUGUCAGAGACGAAAGUUCCGCUCUACGAAACCGGCGGAGCCACGAGGCGGGGGUCACGGCCUUGGCCUUCAACCCUUACCAGCCUUUGCAGGUGGCAACCGGCAGCUAUGACGAGAGGCUGAGGCUUUUUGACCUGCGAAAGCUGACUGCUGAGCCCUUGGCAAUGACGCCUCGGCUGGGUGACGGAGCAUACCAGAUCUCAUGGCACCCGCAGUGGCACGGGGUUCUGGCAGUUGCUGCCAUGCGCUGUGGCUUUCCCGUGUUCCGUGUCGAUGGCGCAGGCUUUGAGCUCCUGGCUGCCUAUGCCUCUAAUGCGCCAGAGGGAGCGCAUGGCUCCCUGGGCUAUGGCAUCUCCUGGCAGUUCGCAUCGGAGACGUCCCAGAUGUCCUUGGCAGCUUCAGCUUCAUUCUACGACCGGAGCCUGCACCUGUGGACGGCCACAACGAAACGUGCGGAAGACGAGCAGAACUAG